AUGGCAUCCCCUAGCAGAUCCUGGUUCCCGAGCGCUCCGUCAGUCAAGAGCCGAUUGCUCACCCACUCCAGCCACGAACUUCCACGCUGGCGAACACCAUCACCUAUGUCAGCUUCCCUGAUCCCUCCGCCGGUUGUUCAAAGCACCCACGCUGGCCCCUCGCAGCCACCUGUCACGGAGUCUUUGGUUGUGGAGAAGCCCUCCGCGCUGGAAGAGAAACAGCGGGAGCUCGAGGCAGAUCUACAGUUUCUACUGGAUGCACAGGCGGAAGGGUUGAUUCGAGGACUGGAGGGCGGCUCACUUGACGAAAGAAGUUCUACUGGCAGCACAACCCCGACGAUACAGAGCGUACGAGGGUUCUCAAAGCGGCGACAACGUCAGACUGCACGCCGCCAGCCUGGUCUGAGGAGCGCUCGGAAAGGCAUCUACAACAGCAUUCUCGCACUCUCCGCCCUGAAAGACGAUGAGCUACAGGAUGUCGAUACUCAGAUGCAGCAGAACGAAGACACAUUAGAGCAAAUCGAUGAAUGGGAAGAGAAGCGUCGGGGUCUACAAGAAGCGACUGGAAAUGUGCAUUCCGGCGAGGAGACGGUUAGAGUCCAGCGCCUGAAGCAGGAGGCAGAUGUGCUCCAGGCAGAAAUCAACCAGGUCGAGCUGCAACUAGCCGAGAUGAAGUCGCGGCAUCGCAAGCUUGUGAGACAGGCUGCUGCAGUCGAGAACGCAGUGCAGGCAAAGAUGGCGUCGUACAGUUCAAGUCUGCGAAUGCUGGAGCAGGAUGUGGAGAGAUUUCUGAGUCUUGAGCCAAGCGACCCGAAUGUCACACCCAUUUCGCAGGAUGGCAAACAAUCCCUGUGGCAGCUGCCGCCCAAACGAAGGAACCUCGAAAUUGCGAAAGCGCACUUCACCGAGCAACGCGAUCUAAUAGCAGGAGAGCGAAAGCGACACGAGCAGGAGAAGUCUGUGCUGAUCGAAGGAGCAACAUUAUGGAAAGACGUCGUUGCCGAAGUCACAGUAUUCGAAAGGCGGCUGCGCAAUGAAGUCGCUUCUCUCGGGCCGUCUUCACCCAAUUCUCAGUCUGCGUGGGAAGAUCCCCCUGCUGCAACUCCUUCUGACGGCCUCAAAGAGAUCCUUCAACAUAUGGAUAUUGUCAUUGACUCGCUUGAGAAGAAAGUUCAGACUGCCGAUGAACACCGCUGGACGCUGCUAAUGGCUGCUAUUGGGGCCGAGCUGGAUGCCUUGAAAAGAGGAAAGGAAAUGCUUGUUGGCUUAGCUGGGACCGGUGAUGAUGAAUCUCUUGAAACGAAUGGCUAUGACGUUAACCAAAAGGAUUCUGGAGAGGAAAUACACGCUUUGGAUAAGAGCUUUCAGACCGCCAGGUGUGUCUCUGAUGCUCAAGAUCAUGAUGAGCCUGAUCCGGAACUGCUCUUCUCAAGACUGGACACAGAUACCGAGUAG